UUUUUUUUUGUUAGAUACCCUCUUAAAGAUGCUGAUGGAGAUGGUCUAAGAAGCCUUAUUCCUUCUCUCUCAUAUUUUUUAUUAUUUUAUUAUUUUUUAGAUAAGAAACUGUGAUGAGCAACUCCGUUGGAGGUGCUCUAAGAGAAUCAUUAAUUAAUGAGACAAUUUAACCAUUUCAGCGGCUAUCUGAAUCUUAAAGAAAAAAUGCAACGCCCUAAUAUCUCUUCUGAAGGUCCAUCAGAUCCAAAUCGAUUCCCAAUGGUGCAAAAGAUGGAAGCUAAAGGCGGGAAAGGAGGCAAGGAAUGGGAUGAUGGAGCCGAUCAUGAAGGCAUAUCACAGAUCUAUAUACGAGAAGGUUCUGAAGGUAUAGAGUCCAUCAAGUUCGACUAUGUCAAGAACGGACAACCUAAAGCUGGACCAACCCAUGGUUGCUCCGGUCAAAGUUUCACCGAGUGUUUUGAUCUUAACCACACGUGCGAUGAACAUAUCGUAUCUGUCAAGUGUUACUUCGACGAGGGUGCGAUACAAGGACUUGUGAUCAAAACCAACAUCAGGACUUCUGCAUACAUGGGAUAUGACGUUGGUACUACGUUUAAAGUUGAAGUCAAAGGCAAGAAGAUUAUUGGCUUCCAUGGAUCUUCUGACAAAAUCCUUUACUCUCUUGGAGCUUAUUUCGCACCGCUUUCUCCUGCUAAUCUGAAACACUAAAAGGUUUGAAGGAUAAGUUUACUUGAGAGCCCCAUCAGUUCGAUAUAUGUUUUGCUUUUACGAAUGCUUUAAAUCUGUACUACUCUAGUAAAACUACUUUGUUAAUCCUUUGCUUAAGAAAGUCUAAUAUACUCAUAAUCAGUAUGUGCAUCUCCUCAUUUAUUACUUCUAGUCCUGCGACUUCGGAUAGUUUAGAUGGGAUAAUUCCAAUAGUCG